AUGGGUACAAGCGGCUGGAGUCCCUGGGGUUCUUGGGAUUAAAGGUACCUGGCAUCCUUGCUCUGUGCAUACAUAGACAUUCAGUUGUAGACUGAUCCUGCAGUCACAGCAAGCUCAUAUAGAAGUGCUCCAUCAUCUGCUCCAGUUAUGGAUAUCAUAGUGAUUGGCUCAUGCAUGACUGAUCAGAUAUGCUACACUUCUCGCCUUCCAAAGCCUGGGGAGACUAUCCAUGGUACCAAGUUUUCUAUGUCAUUCGGCGGGAAGGGUGCCAACCAGUGCGUGAUGGCAGCGAAACUGGGCGCUAAAACAGCCAUGGUCGCAAAACUGGGCGAGGACACAUUCGGCCGACUGUACCUAGACAACCUGCUGCGCUGCGGGGUCGACGUCGGUCACACGACAACCAGUGGCGCGGCGGCGACGGGCGUGGCGCAGAUCUGCGUCGACGAGGCCGGGAUGAACUCGAUCGUGAUCGUAGCUGGGGCGAACCUGGAGCUGAGCGCGGCGGAUGUGGCGCGUGCCGACGGCCUGCUCGGCUCGGCGCGCGUGCUGCUCUGCCAGCUGGAGGUGCCGCUGGAGACGACGCUGGCCGCGCUGCGCGCCGCCCGUCGACAUGGAGUGACAACUGUAGUGAAUGCGGCUCCUGCACAGCCGGUCAAGGACGGCGAUCUGUUCGAAUUGUCCGAUAUCUUCUGUGUCAACGAAACGGAGGCGGAGAUCAUGACCGAGCUGCCGGUUCGCUCCGUGGCUGAGGCAGAGACAGCGGCGGCGGCGCUGCUGCGCCGCGGCUGUCGCGCCGUGAUCGUUACGCUGGGUGCGCAGGGCGCCGUGUACGCCGCGCCCGGACAGGCGGCCAUGCACGUGCCGGCUGAGAGGGCCGAGCGUGUGGUGGACACCACGGGCGCCGGGGACGCCUUCCUUGGCGCACUCGGCUACUUCUUGGCGUGCGUGCCGGCGCUGCCCGUCCGAGAGGCCAUUGUCCGCGCGUGCCGCAUCGCCACGGAUAGCGUGGCCCGGCCUGGCACCCAGGACAGCUUCCCCAGCCGAGAGCAGCUGCCGGCCGAGCUGCUGCGCCCCUGAGCCAGCCGGGGGCACGCCGCACCGAUCCGGAGGCGUGCUGCAGCGAUCACUGCCUCAGACGCCGAUGGCGCGCCGCGCUUGGGGAUUUCUACUAGCAAUGCGUAGUGAUGGCGAUCAACAGCGCCGCGAUGUCCCCUUUACACUGUGAUUUAGACAGCUUUUGCUGGUAUCGACUUUUGGGAAAACUUUUGAAUCAUGCCAUAUCAUUAAGUUAAGCAAUUAAUUGGGGAAGCAUUUCACUUUAUAUAAGCAUGUGACGUGGGGACUGUCAUUGAAAUGUGCAAUGAGUGUUGGCGACUUGCAGUGCAAUGCAUUUAGCAUUACAUUGUCCAUUACAUUAUUGUCAUGGGAUGACUAGUAGAUGACUAGCACUGUUAGUAUACAAAGAAGAAUGUGAGGCAGGUGGUACUGUGCAGCAAGUUAACUAAUGCACUACAGGCGUGUCUGCAACAUUACGGGUCGUUUGAGCUCAGCUUGGUGUGCCUCCGUAUCUAUAACGGGAUGAACAACGUCAUUCUUCUUUGUUACCAGGUUUGUGUUACUGCUUUUACACAGUGACUGGUCAAGCCCACGUGGAUCGGGGUAAUCGCACGAUACAGGUGCCGCAUGUACCAUCCUAUAUUUACCUUAAUAAACGUGUUA